GUACUUAACACCCUGGAGACCCGGACCAGGGCUUUCAAAGAAUCCCGGGUGGGAAGGGCUGUUUAUAUAGACAGGGAUUCCGCUGUAAGAGCGCUAAUAUCUUGGCAGCCUGCGCAUGGCGUGCGCCUCUCACGCCCACCAGUAGGAGCGGCGUCCCCGGCCGCCCCUCCAUUCCCAGCUUGCCCUGCCCCCACCUCCUUCCUCUCCUCGGCCAUGGCCACCACUGGACGCCUCAGCUUCACCGUGCGCAGGCUCCUGGAUUUACCCGAGCAGGACGCCCAGCACCUGCGGAGGCGGGAGCCGGAGCUACGCGCCCCUGGGCCAGGCCCCUGCGCCACCUGGCUGGAAUCCGAACGCGGCCACUACGCGUCCUCAGACGAGAGCAGCCCAGAGGCCAGCCCGCCCGAUUUGUCCCAGCGGCCGCCGGCCCAGCCUGCGUCUCCGGGUUCGGACGCCGAGAAGAGGAAGAAGCGGCGGGUGCUAUUCUCCAAGGCGCAGACGCUGGAGUUGGAGCGGCGCUUCCGGCAGCAGCGCUACCUGUCGGCUCCGGAGCGCGAGCAGCUGGCACGCUUGCUGCGGCUCACGCCCACGCAGGUCAAAAUCUGGUUCCAGAACCACCGCUACAAGCUGAAGCGAGCGCGCGUGCCGGGGACCCGGGAAUCGCCCGACUUAACAGCCGCCGCUGAGCUGCGCGCUGCGCCGGGCCUGCUGCGCCGAGUGGUGGUGCCCGUGCUGGUGCGCGACGGGCAGCCGUGUGGCGGCAGUGGCGAAGUGGGCACGGCUGCCAGCCAGAACAAAAACGGCGCUCCCACAGCCGCCGCCUGCCCUCUCCCCGGCUACACCACCUUCGGCCCCGGCUCGGCACUCGGCCUCUUCCCCGCUUACCAGCACUUAGCGCCCCCCGCCCUGGUCUCUUGGAAUUGGUGA